AUGUCUACGUAUGCAAAGAAACUUUCAACGCUCUCAAAGCGAAUUGCGCAGUAUACCCUGGAGCACAUCUUAUCGCAGAAUCAGGUGGAGCGCCGCCAGCAGGUGCGCGCCUUGUGUGAGGAUCUUUGUGAAACUAUUUUCUACCGGAUGUUUAAACUCCAGAAGGCAACGGGGCUGCCGAAGGGUGCAAAGAAGAAAGCAUUAAUUGAUCUACUAAGGGAGCUGAAGACCCAGGGUAUGGCAUACCACCGACUGCAGUUGCCAGCUGAGCAGCAACACAUUCAGCGGUUGUUUGAGUUAGACGUGCCUGAUGUAGAGAACUGUCUAAAUGUUGACCAAUUUGAUUAUGCGGCGGAUCCCGUGAGCUUCCCGACUGCGUGUGGCGGACAGAAAGGCAAGACCAAGCGAGGCAAAACGAAGCGCAAACAGCCCGGCUUCGUGCAGCCAGGUGAAUUGUCGGAAGAAGCUUUGACGAAGAAUUCACCGAUGUGGCUAUGGCAGCGAGCUGACGGAUAUUAUUACCGAUUUCUAGGCCAGCUGGCAUCGUUGCGGUACAGCUCAGUGACAAACUUUUCGCAUGAUCUUUCUUCAAGCGAAAUCGAGCGCAUGAGUGGUUACGCGGAGAAUAUGCUUUAUACAAUGCUACAGCAGCGACAGAUCCUUCACGCCGCUUCACUCAGUCAUGAGAAGCUUGUUGACGGAUUGACGUCGCUUAAGUUGAUGAAGGAGUUCAAAACAAACUAUCUCGUUUGUGGUGAUACUGCUGUUGACCCCAAAAUUGCUAGUGAGUGGCAAGCGUUUCAGCUUGAAUCCGUCGUUGCGUUGCGCCCCUGUCUGCGUGAGCUUGAAACAUAUGUGGUAGAGAUCCUACAGCAGUCGUCGGAGACCGCAUUGGUAGUGACGGAAGCUUGUCUUCAAUUCCAGCGUAUUAUUGAGCGAUGCAAUGCCAUCCAGGAGUCGCUUGUUGAAAGUGCUGGGCUGACGCAGUCGCUUGGUGUGCCUGCAAUUCCCUACCGUGUCGUGAACGCUAGCGAAGAUGCAGGUGGUGAUGCCGCUAUUAUGGCCUUUGCCCAACCAUCAAAACGUGUAUAUGGUGUGUCCCCAGUCAUUUCGCGAGUUCAUUCGUCAUCAAAUGUCUCGCCAAUACCUGUGGCAACUGCUGUGCUGAAGGCUAAUAGUGCCCACUUUAGCGCGAUUCAGUCGUUUCUGGCAAACAUUGAAUCAACAUUUGGGACCGUGACGAUACCGACUUGCUUUGAUGAGUUUCUCGUUGAGUACGCUGGCAUCAUUCGCGUUGAUAGCAAGUUUAAGCAGACACUAAGUGGAAGUAGUGCUAGCUCGCUCUUGUCAAGUGCUAACCGUCAAGUAUACGAGCGUGAAAGCGCGCAAUCGAUGGCAACAUUUAGUGAAAAGUACGACAAGCUUGUUGAGACUGUGCUGGUGUCAAUUCAAGAUCUGACGAAGAUAUCGAAAGAAACGGAAUCAACGCCCACUCAAAAUGCUGAACAGGACGCAGAAAACGAGGCGCAGUCACUUCAAAGUCAGCUAGCCACGUUGUCUAUGAUGGUGAAGGACUCGCGCGUAAGUCUCAUCGCAUCGCUGCUUGCCAAUCUACUGGACUUGUUGCAGCAUCAGUACGAUCAGCUUGUUAGCUUUUCGUCGGAGGAGUGGAAGCGGGUGUUUACUACAUCACUAACGCUUCUGGAACGCUUUGAGCCGGCCCUGGUCGAUGUGCGUGGUAUUAGCCGACAACUGCUUGUCGACUUCCUAGUGGCACACAAGAGUGUGAUGAAACUCGAGUACGUUCUCAUACGAAUCUUUCGGAACCUGUUCCAGCACGGCUUUUGCCGAACGAACGAGGGGAAGAACGAUGAAGAGGGUGACGGAGGCUCUGGAAAGAUGCAGUUCCAGGACGAUGUGGAAGGAACUGGCAUGGGCGAGGGUGAAGGAAAGAAGGACGUAAGUCACGAAAUCGAGGACGAAGAGCAACUUUUGGGUUUAAAGGGAGAACAGCAGGAGGAACCAAAACCAUCAGCUGACGAGCAACCUGAAGAUACGGGCCUAGAAAUGCAAAAUGACUUUGAAGGUGCAAUGCAGGACGUCCCUGAAGACGAAAUAGAGGAAGACCAGGACGAUAAUGAAGACGAAGAAGAACUUGACCGUGAAAUGGGCGAGUUUGACCAAGACGAUGAGAAUGUAGUGGACGAAAAGAUGUGGGGUGAGGACUCGGACGACGAUGAAGAUAACAUUGACAAGGAGAAGGAGAAGUUUGAAGAAGACUCAAAGGUGAAAGGCGAAGCACUAGAAGACGAAGUGCGCGGCAAGGAAGGUGACGAGGAAAGUAAGGACGACUCAAACACGAAGGAAGAGGACAAGCAGAAGCCGCCGCUUGAUGAGUCGGAUGAUAAGGGUGCUAAUCAUGAUGAUGUUGAUGGCGAUGAUGGCGAAGACGAGAAGAUGGAAAAUCAGGUCAACGACGACUUUGAGGACAAAUACGAAGACCAUCACGAUGUCGACCCAACAGAGCAAGAGGAUGGCCAUGGAGAGGAAGAAGCAAUGGAGGAGCAUGAGGACAAUUUUCCGGAAGAUAUGCAAAUUGACAAUGACGAUGAAGAGGGCGACGACAGUGGUGACGCCGACGGGUGCGAACCUGAUGAUGAAAAGAUGGACGAAAUGGCUGACGAUGGUGCAAAUGGAGAAGAAAUCGGUGGUGAUGAGGAAGACGAGGACGCCGAAGGAGAUAAGGAAGAUGAGCAGCUAGACAAUGCGGUUCAGCUAGGAGGCGGCGGUCUUGAAGAUGACCUAGACGCUACUGAGGAGGAAAUCAAUGAAGAUGCAGAAGAACUGCCUGAUGCUCCUGAUAGUGCUGAGGAAGAACAAGCAGCUUCCAGUGUUGCUGGUACUCAAUCGAAAAAUGGCCAGGAUGAACUAGAAGCGGAGGAGCGGGAGGCAGAGGACCAGAAAAUGGAAGACACCAAUGCGCCGGAACAGGAACAGAGUAACGACGACAGCAGCUGUAGCCGUGCUCAAAAACAGUCCAGCAAUAAUCUUCAGGAUUCUAAGCAGGAAUGGAAGCCACAGUCGCAGGUCGAUAAAAACCUGCAUCAAGAAAUUCCUCGCAAGACUCGUCGCGACCGUCGUGAGCCGAAUCCUUACCGGAAUGCCCAGGAGGUGCAGGAGCACUGGAAAAAGCGUGUGGAGAUGGUUGAUCGCACAGAGGAGGAGAAGGAGGCAAAUGACAACCGCUCCCCGAAGCAGGAGAAGGCAAAUGAAAUGACAGCAGCGGAGUUUGUUGAUGAUGACGAGGAAAUGGUGGACGUAGAACACGCACUGGCUGCUGCCGAUGAGAACCAAAUAAUGAAUCAGCCCCGAUCUGAAGAGGAGAAGAACGAUGCUGUCGAGAAAGAGGAGAUGAACCCUAGUGCUGAAGCGGUGGCUUUAGAAUCUGACGAAGAGAAGAUGAAAGAAGCAAUCGAUGAGCACGAGAGAACGAGUACGCCUAAGCCUGUAAAGCAGGAGCCCAAGCCUGACUUGGAUGCAGCCAAUGAUAACGCGACAAAGCAGGAGAGACUGGAUGCACAAGAGGUGCAGCCGGAGAGUUCCACCGACGAUGGAGACCACAAGCUUCUGAACGAGGAAGAGGAGCACGCGCUUCCAUCGAGAUUGCGAGACUUAGACUUGACCAGCACUACGAAUGACCAACAAGAAGGCGAUGAGACGGAGGCUAGCGCGGUGACCUUGCUGUCUCCAGAUGAGGCUGCUAGGUUGCGUGAUGAGCUGGACUCGUUCAUCGCUAAGUGGUCGUCGCAGUCGGAGCAGGAACGCGGUGCGGAGUUGUGGGCCAAGUAUACUGCAUUGACUGCUGGCGCGUCGCAGCGUUUGUGCGAGCAGCUCCGGUUAGUCCUGGAGCCUAUUCUUCGUGCUAAGCUGGAGGGCGACUUCCGUACGGGUAAGCGCAUCAACAUGCGCAAAGUAAUCCCAUACAUUGCGAGUCAGUUCCGCAAGGACAAGAUCUGGCUACGACGUACACGACCGUCUAAGCGUCAGUACCAGGUAAUGCUGGCGAUCGACGACUCCGAGUCCAUGGCGGACAACCAUGCUGGUCGCUUAGCUCUGGAGGCGCUUGCCACGCUGUGCAAGGGCAUGACGCAGCUUGAGGUCGGCGAGCUAUCUGUUGUCAAGUUUGGUCAGGAUUUAGAGCUGCUGCACGCUUUUGACAUGCCUUUCACGGAUGAUGCUGGCAGUCGUCUCAUCGGCCGUUUCGGCUUUCAGCAGAAGAAGACCAACAUGGUGCAGACGUUAGACACAAUCUUGCAGGUGCUCGAGACGGCUAAACAGUCAUCUUUAGCUGCCAGCAGCGCAGUUGAGUUCACGCAGAUCGUGUUUUUAAUCUCGGAUGGCCGCUUCGACUCGGAUGGCCGUGUGCGUAUCCGUAAACUGAUCGAGAUGGCUCUCGAGCGCCAGCAGCUCAUCGUCUUGCUCAUUGUAGAUCAAGGCGCAGCCGAGAGUCGGAGCAAUCAGCAGCAGACAUCUAUUCUGGAUACGCAGAGUGUCACGUUCGACAAAGGCAAGGUGCGCAUGGUGCCGUAUCUGGAGAACUAUCCCUUCCCGUAUUAUGUGCUGCUGCCUAUGUCGGCGAUGCUACCGGAAAUCCUGUCCGACUCACUCCGUCAAUGGUUUGAGAUGUUACAAGCCAAGAACUGA